UACUUCCGAGGCCACUGCCAAUGCCAUUGAAGCGGAUGCCCCUACUGAGACGCACUGGAGGAAUGAGACAACUGGAAGCGGAAGUUUCGGUUGGUGGUGUACGGUCGGUUUGAUUUUGAUUGCAACAAAAUGGGCCUCUGCUGCUAUGCUUCAGUUUUGGGGUUGAAUGAGAUGGCUGAGGAGGUCAUUGGGCGUCAAUGUCCAGUGUUGCAGGAGGAAGAACAUCCAGAGGCUCAAGAAGAGCAUUUCCUGAGUGCUAUGGAGCAAUCAAGCUUGAUGGAUAAGGAAGGAAUCAUGGUUUCCAUCUCUAGGUUUUGCACGUGGUGGUCUCUUUUGCAAGAAAGCAACUGCUUUUGGUCACUAGCUAUUAGUGUUUGUACUAUUGGUUGGACCAAAGCAACCUUAGAUGCAUUGUUAUUGAUGACCGGCUGUCUAGCCCUGCUCUCAGAACACCUUACACAGUCCCUCGGCUGUAUGUGCUUCAUUGUCUACGGUUGGCUGCAGUUAUGAUGAGCCUAGCAUAAUUAGAGGGGAAUAAUGUUUUUCUUCAUCAUUCUAUUGCAUCAUUUCUCUAUAUUCAAUGACAUAAAACUGCCACUCUUCAAUAAAUAAGGGAACA